AUGGAGGCACCGACCCCCAUCAUUGAACUGUCCAACUACUUCAUCCGCCCCUUCUACCCAGGCGACGUAGAAGCCAUCUCCAAGGAAGGCAACAACCCCGAAAUCGCCCGUUGGCUACGCAAUCGAUUCCCCGACCCCUACACCAUCGAAGAUGCGAAGGCCUGGAUUUCAAUCGCGAGCUCCAGCUCACCGAUCCUGGACUUCGUGAUUAGCCGGCGGGAGGAUAAUGUCGCCAUCGGAGCGAUUGGGUUAAAAGCUAGGGACGAUGUGUACUAUCGGACGAUGGAGAUCGGGUACUGGCUGGGCCAAGACCACUGGGGAAAGGGGAUUGCUACGGAAGCACUAUCUGCAAUGACUGCUUGGGCCUUUGAGAAUUUUACACAUGUUUUGAGGCUGGAGGCGGAGGUCUAUGAAGGGAACGAUGGCAGUCAAAGAGUGUUGGUGAAGGCGGGGUAUGAGCUGGAGGGAAGAAGAAAGAAAGCCGUUGAGAAAAAUGGCAUUGUGAUGGAUACGCUGAACUUCUACCUGGAGAGUAGAUUCCUGUAUAAACUAGACGGUCUUUCACACGCUUGCAAAUGCGAAACUCUCGCAAACCAUCGAUACAUCACGUGA